AGCCUAAGGUUGUAGCCUGAACUCUAAGGCCCCAUAUAUGCCUGUGCGAUGCUAAUGUGGAUUACUCUUCCUCAGAAAGCGGCUGCUAGAUGGGACGCAGCCUUGAGGACCAUUCUGAAGCUUGCAUGGGAGACCACACAUCAACAAUACAUUAGGGAUCUAGCUAUCGGGGCAUCUAAAACCGAAGCCAAGCGCUCCAUAUUAUAACCACACUAUUGUCUAUUUUAAAGCAGAAAUACGUAGAUUAAAACAACAACCACUAUAAAAUAGGUGGUUCCACAGUAGAUUUUGGAAGAUGUCGGUCAGCAUCCCUUCUAACUCAGUGCCCAGUAGUGCCAGUCGCUUUCAGGUCCAUGUCAUAAACGAGGGCCAUGGCAGUGCGGCAGCCGUGAGCGACAGUGCAGACCCCCCACAUUAUGAAGAGACCUCUUUCGGGGACGAAGCCCAAAACAGACUGAGAAUCAGCUUUAGGCCUGGGAAUCAGGAGUGCUAUGACAAUUUUCUCCAAACUGGAGAGACUGCCAAAACAGACACCACGUUUCACGCCUACGACUCUCACACAAACACAUACUACCUACAAACCUUUGGCCACAACACCAUGGAUGCCGUCCCCAAGAUUGAAUACUACCGCAACACAGGCAGCGUGAGCGGGCCCAAGGUCAACCGGCCCAGCCUGCUGGAGAUCCACGAGCAGCUGGCUAAGAAUGUGACUGUGGCCCCUGGUUCAGCUGACAGGGUUGCUAAUGGAGAUGGGAUGCCAGGAGAUGAGCAAGCAGAAAACAAGGAAGAAGACAUGACUGGAGUUGUGAAGUUUGGAUGGGUGAAAGGUGUGCUGGUGCGAUGCAUGCUGAACAUCUGGGGAGUCAUGCUCUUCAUUCGCCUCUCCUGGAUUGUAGGAGAAGCGGGAAUUGGUCUUGGAGUUCUUAUAAUUCUUCUUUCCACCAUGGUAACCUCUAUCACUGGGUUGUCAACUUCUGCAAUAGCAACAAACGGGUUUGUUCGUGGAGGUCUGGGCGUCAUCAUCAUUGGCCUGAGCGUAGUUGUGACAACACUCACAGGUAUUUCUAUGUCGGCUAUUUGCACAAACGGAGUGGUGCGAGGAGGUGGAGCCUACUACCUGAUUUCCCGGAGCUUAGGGCCUGAGUUCGGUGGGUCAAUAGGCUUGAUCUUUGCUUUUGCCAAUGCAGUGGCUGUCGCUAUGUAUGUGGUGGGAUUCGCGGAGACUGUUGUGGAUCUUCUUAAGGAGAGCGAUUCAAUGAUGGUGGAUCCAACCAAUGACAUCCGCAUAAUCGGUUCAAUCACCGUGGUGAUUCUUCUAGGAAUCUCAGUAGCUGGGAUGGAGUGGGAAGCAAAGGCUCAAGUGAUUCUCCUGGUCAUUCUUCUCAUUGCCAUUGCAAACUUCUUCAUUGGAACUGUCAUCCCAUCCAACAAUGAGAAGAAAUCCAGAGGCUUCUUCAACUACCAAGCAUCUAUAUUUGCGGAAAACUUUGGGCCAAGCUUCACAAAGGGGGAAGGCUUCUUCUCGGUCUUUGCCAUCUUUUUCCCAGCUGCUACUGGGAUUCUUGCUGGUGCCAACAUCUCUGGAGACCUGGAGGAUCCCCAGGAUGCCAUCCCCAGAGGGACCAUGCUGGCCAUCUUCAUCACCACCGUGGCCUACAUAGGUGUUGCUAUUUGCGUAGCCGCCUGUGUGGUCCGAGAUGCCACUGGCAGUAUGAAUGACACCAUCGUUUCCGGGAUGAAUUGCAAUGGCUCUGCAGCCUGUGGGUUGGGCUACGACUUCUCAAGAUGUCAACACGAGCCGUGUCAGUAUGGGCUGAUGAACAAUUUCCAGGUCAUGAGCAUGGUGUCCGGGUUCGGCCCCCUCAUCACUGCAGGGAUCUUUUCGGCAACACUGUCUUCCGCCCUGGCCUCCCUUGUCAGUGCGCCCAAAGUAUUCCAGGCUCUGUGCAAGGACAACAUCUUCAAAGGACUGCAGUUCUUCGCAAAGGGCUAUGGGAAAAACAACGAGCCCCUGAGAGGGUACUUCCUCACUUUUGUGAUAGCCAUGGCAUUCAUUCUCAUCGCCGAGCUGAAUGUCAUUGCCCCCAUCAUCUCCAACUUCUUCCUGGCCUCAUAUGCGCUUAUUAAUUUCUCCUGUUUCCAUGCCUCGUAUGCCAAAUCUCCAGGAUGGAGGCCUGCAUAUGGGAUUUACAACAUGUGGGUAUCUCUUUUUGGAGCGAUUUUGUGCUGUGCAGUCAUGUUUGUCAUCAACUGGUGGGCAGCUGUCAUCACUUAUGUCAUUGAGUUAUUCCUCUAUAUCUAUGUGACUUAUAAGAAGCCAGAUGUGAACUGGGGCUCCUCCACACAGGCUCUGUCCUAUGUGAGUGCUUUAGACAACGCUCUGGAAUUAACCACAGUGGAAGACCAUGUGAAAAACUUCAGACCCCAGUGCAUUGUCUUAACAGGCGGACCCAUGACUAGACCCGCUCUCUUGGAUAUAACCCACGCCUUUACGAAGAAUAGUGGCCUCUGCAUCUGCUGCGAAGUCUUCGUGGGACCUCGCAAGCUGUGUGUUAAAGAGAUGAACAGCAGCAUGGCUAAAAAACAGGCCUGGCUUAUAAAGAACAAAAUCAAAGCUUUUUAUGCUGCAGUGGCUGCAGACUGCUUCAGGGACGGUGUCCGGAGCCUCCUUCAGGCCUCAGGCUUGGGGAGAAUGAAGCCAAACACUCUCGUGAUUGGAUACAAAAAGAACUGGAGGAAAGCUCCCUUGUCAGAGCUGGAGAACUACGUGGGAAUCAUACAUGACGCCUUUGACUUUGAGAUUGGCGUGGUCAUAGUCAGAAUCAGCCAAGGGUUUGACAUCUCUCCGGUUCUCCAGGUACAAGAUGAACUGGAGAGACUGGAACAGGAGAGAUUGGCUCUGGAGGCCGCAAUCAAAGACAACGAGUGUGAGGAGGGCAAGGGGGGCAUCCGGGGCUUGUUUAAGAAGGCCGGCAAGCUGAACAUUACCAAGCCAGCCCCAAAGAAAGACGGCAACAUCAGCAGCAUCCAGUCGAUGCACGUCGGGGAGUUCAAUCAGAAACUGGUGGAAGCCAGCGCUCAGUUUAAAAAGAAGCAGGGAAAAGGCACGAUUGAUGUUUGGUGGUUAUUUGAUGAUGGAGGGUUAACAUUGCUUAUCCCAUAUAUCUUGACUCUCAGAAAAAAAUGGAAAGAUUGUAAGUUAAGAAUCUAUGUUGGAGGAAAGAUCAACCGCAUUGAAGAGGAAAAAAUUUCAAUGGCUUCUCUUCUCAGCAAAUUUAGGAUAAAAUUUGCAGACAUCCAUAUAAUUGGAGACAUCAACAUUAAGCCAAACAAAGAGAGCUGGAAAGUCUUUGAAGAGAUGAUUGAACCUUAUCGGCUUCAUGAAAGCCACAAAGAUUUGACCACUGCUGAGAAAUUAAAAAGAGAAAGUCCAUGGAAAAUUACAGAUGCAGAACUGGAAGCAGUCAAGGAAAAGAGUUACCGCCAAGUUCGACUGAACGAGCUCUUACAGGAACACUCCAGAGCCGCCAACCUCAUCGUGUUGAGCCUUCCAGUGGCAAGAAAAGGAUCUAUUUCGGAUUUGUUGUACAUGGCGUGGUUAGAACUCCUAACCAAGAACCUCCCUCCUGUGUUACUGGUUAGAGGGAAUCACAAAAAUGUCCUAACAUUUUACUCUUAAAGCCGGAAGGAUGAGAAAUGUUGUGCCGUGGUGUCUGAAUAAUUCUGAAACACAUCUGGUUCUUUGUGUUUUAAAACCUCUUCUAUGAAUAUACAAACCUCUGGAGACUAACCUAACCGAUUCUACAUAAGUUUUGUCUUUUAAAAAAAAGUUAUUAUUAAUGGGAGUUUUUUUUCCCACUAGCUUAAAAAACAUCAAAAGCCAUGAGACUCCUAGAAAAACACUUUUCGCUUGUUGCUGGUAAAUAAGAAAUUAAUAAAAGCUGGCUGACAUGCUUACAGGAUAUGCUAAUCUAGCUGUGAGCUCCAGGCAAACUUUAUCUCGUUUCUGUAGAGUCUGACGCAUGGCCCUGGUGCAGGCCACAGGCCCACAGCGGGCUCUCCUUAAGUUCUUAUUGACAGGCUAGUAUGGUGAAGGCAGGUGGCUAUCAUAGGAAAAGACCUGCUGGGUCAGUGGCCUGAUUCUGCUUGGCCUCCUGAGAAGUUUGUGAAGAUUUAAAAAUCAAUAUCUGGAAACUCUAAGAAGGACUGGAGUCUACAAAGUGUUCAAAGCAGUUACCUAAAUAAGGUUUAUUUAGUGCAGCAGAUAAUAAGCUUACCCUCUGAUCACAUGUAGCUUACAUUUGCUGCUAGCUGGAGGUAUAUUAGGUAGGUGAGCAAGAGACCCAUGUUCCACUUAAAUGGAGUCUUAACAUACAAAUAUCUAUUGUCUUCCUGGCUAAAUAUUUUGGAAUUUCUACCUUAGUACUACUUUAUUUUUUUUUUCCUCUCUAAGUGGUUUGCAUAGAUGAAAUAAAAAUCGAUGAUCUCAUAGAAAAUUAAUCUCACAGGUUUCCAAUCCACUAUUAAAAAUGUAUCCAGAUCCUACAUUUAUUUACUUUCUAAAUAUAUAGGUAUUUAACCCGUGCUUUACAGAAUAACAAAGAUAUAAAUGGAGACACAUGUAAAAUUUUAAAAUACAGGUGUUGAUUUUUCUCCUUGUUAGUGUGUGUAGAAUAUUUAAUCACAGAAAAAUGCUUAGAUGAUAAAUGGCUUGUUUUGGGUUUUUGUCUUUUCUUGGCAUAUGUUGACUGGUUGGUGGAUGUUCAUGGGGGCAAAUUGACCUGAAAUAAAAUCACUACAUUUUGUUUGCUUUGGCAAA